AUGUCGCGCACAGCCUUUGCCGCCCGCCGCCGUCAGGCACGCUCCUCUCGCGAGUUCCGCCUCCUCCUCCUCUCCGCAUUCCUCUUCUGCCUCCUCCUCUCCUGGUGCAGCAGCACGUACAGCCCACGUCCACGCCUCCAACGCGAGCCGCUGCCUGCCCGAAGUCGCCAGCGCCCUCCCGCGCAAGCCGCCCGAAUGAGAGUCGACCUCGACGACAGAUCCAUGGCCCAGGAGGCUCUUGCGUCGCCCGACAAGCCGACCAUGUCCUUGCGCCUCGUCACCUUCAACAUCCGCUUCGCCACCAAGCAUGACGAGCGCGCCGGUGGCGAGCGGCCCUGGAGCGUUCGCUGCCCUCGCCUGGGCGCCCAGCUGCGCUUCAUCACCGCCGGCCACGAUAGUCCCUUCAUCUGCCUCCAGGAGGCCCUGCACGCUCAGAUCGGCGACGUCCAGGACCAGCUCGGCCCCCAGUGGGCGCACAUUGGCCGCGGCCGUGGCGAGAACGAGACGGAUGGCGAAUUCUCCCCCGUCUUUUACCGCGCCGACGUCUGGAAGUGCGUCCGCAACGAGACGCGCUGGCUCAGCCCGACGCCCGAGAAGCCGUCCCGUGGCUGGGACGCCGCCCUCAACCGCAUUGUCACCAUGGGCGAGUUUGCCCACCGCACGUCGGGCACCCGCGCAAUCGUCAUGAGCACCCACUUUGACCACAUGGGCGUCAAGGCGCGCACAAACAGCGCCAAGCUGCUCAUCAAGUUCGCCAGGGAGUGGAGCCAGGCUGGCCACAGCCCGCCGUCUGUCGUCCUCGUCGGCGGCGACUUCAAUUCCUCGCCCCACGAGGAGGCUUACCAGGUCAUGACGGCGCGCGGAUCCGGAAUGCUCGACGUCGCCGAUCUUGUGCCUGAGGAGCGGCGAUACGGGAACCAUCUCACGUACACGAGCUUUGGUGAGCCCAACGAAACGCCCAGCCGCAUCGACUUCCUCUUCAUCCAGGAUCCGCAUACCGCUCGGGUCGACACUUUUGGUGUGCUGUCCAACAGCUUCGACGACCAGAUUCGCGUUUCGGACCACCGCGCCGUUGUCGCCGACUUCACUAUCAACGCCUAG